AUGUCGUCACAUUUAAGUACCAGGGACAGACUUUUAUCAAUAAUAGACGAUAUGGAGCUAAUAGCAAAAGAAAUCAUAGAGGUUUCUAUAGCACCGAAAACUCAGAAGCUGUCUGCGGCAGAUCACGCUCAACUAACGGACCUCCUACUUUCUAAAGAUGUAGAGUUAAAGAAAUCUUUAGAGUUAGCUGAUGAACAGGCGAAUAUACAACAGAAAAUGAAUGAACUCAAGGCUGAAGUAGAUAAUAAGGACCAAGAUAUUCACCAUUUGCAAAGACAACUUAAAGAUGCUGAACAAAUUUUAGCAACCUCCCUCUACCAAGCUCGACAGAAACUUGCUUCAAUUGUCAAAUCAAGGAAAAGGCCUGUACCUUCUGAAGAAUUAAUUAAAUUUGCACACAGGAUAAGUGCCUCAAAUGCAGUGAGUGCCCCACUAUCCUGGCAGCCAGGUGAUCCUCGACGACCGUACCCCACGGACUUAGAGAUGAGACUGGGAAUGCUCGGCCGACUGUGUGAUCUACCUCUUAAUGGGCACACUCCCUCCACACUGAAUGACCUUCACAGAAUAACCACCGGAGGAGUUCCAGCAUCAGCAACAAAUCAGUUCACAUGGCAUCCAUCAGGUGAAUUACAUAUGUCGGUUGGAGGUGGAAACUCAGUGGCCAUUGAUGGUCGAAAUAAAGAACCAAAUCAAGAAGAUGUUGAGGUCAUGUCAACGGAUUCUAGCUCGAGUUCCAGCAGUGACUCUCAAUGA